AUGGCGGCCGAGGAGGACCCGAAGCGUGCGCGGCUGGAGCCCGACGAUGACAGAUCGCGCGAGGUGGUCCUUCUCGAUUAUGGUGCAGGCAACGUGCAGAGCGUCGUCAACGCCGUGAGGCAGCUGGGGUACGUAGUUCGCUUUGUGAAGACGCCAGAGGAUAUCCUCACGGCGCCGCGGCUGCUCUUCCCAGGCGUUGGCGCCUUCGGUCCCUGCGUCGACGCGCUCCAGCGGCUGGGCUUUUUCGGUCCGCUGAAGCAGUACUUGGAUGCCGACCGGCCAUUCUUCGGCAUCUGCCUGGGGAUGCAGACCCUGUUUGAGGGCAGCGAGGAGUGCCCUGGCGUCGCGGGCCUGGGCGUGAUGCCCGGCGUCGUGGCGAGGUUCCCGGAUCGCCUCGGCCUUGCGGUGCCGGCGAUCGGCUGGCACGGGGUGGCUCCCAUGGCGGCGGACUCGUGGCCCCUCCUCGCGGAGCAGGUCCGCUGCUACUUCGUGCACUCCUACCGCGUGCCGAUGCCGGCCUCGGGCGACGCCCCCUGGGCCCUGGCCUGCUCGGAGUACGGCGAGCGCUACGUCUGCGCGGUGCGGCGCGGGAACUGCGUGGCCUGCCAGUUCCACCCCGAGAAGAGCGGCGCGGUGGGCCUGGAGGUGCUCGGCCGCUGGCUCGGCGGAGCGCCGGAGUCGUCCGUGCCGCGCGCCGCGGCCCUGCCUGCGCAGGUGCUGCCGCCGGCCAGGAGGGUGAUCGCGUGCAUGGACGUUCGAUCCAACGACGCCGGCGACCUGGUGGUUACCAAAGGUGAUCAGUACGACGUGAGGGAGGAGGGCUCCUCUGGUGACAAGGGACAGGUGAGAAACCUGGGGAAGCCGGUGGCUCUCGCCGAGCGCUACUACUCCGAGGGCGCGGACGAGGUGACUUUUCUGAACAUCACGUCCUUCAGAGAAAUGAUCCUGGAUGACACUCCGAUGUUGGAGCUGCUUCGCAAUGCUGCCGAGAAGUGCUUCGUUCCCAUGACGGUGGGCGGCGGUAUCCGUAGCUAUACCGACGCCGCGGGGAAGCACUACUCGGCGCUCACAGUGGCGGACGCCUACUUCCGGGCUGGUGCCGACAAGGUGUCCCUCGGCACUGACGCGGUCGAGGCUGCCAAGGAGUAUAUUGCGAAGGGUAAGCUCACCGGGGAGACCUCCAUCGAGCAGAUCAGCAAAAAGUACGGGCGCCAGGCCGUGGUCAUUAGCGUCGAUCCCAGGAGGAUGUACGUGGCCAGCCCGGACGUCACGUCCCACACUUGCGUCGAGGUCGGAACUCCUGGAGGCCCCCCGCCAGGGCCCAACGGCGAGCGAUUCCUCUGGUACUGCUGCACCCUGAAGGGUGGCCGGGAGAACAGCGAUAUCGACGUGAUCCAGCUCGCCCAGGCCGUAGACGCGCUGGGAGCGGGCGAGAUCCUGCUGAACUGCAUUGACCGCGAUGGCCAGAACAGCGGAUACGAGCUGGACCUCAUCCGGCAGGUCAAAGGGGCCUGCUCCAUCCCGGUCAUCGCCUCGAGCGGCGCCGGCGCCGUGGAGCACUUCGCGGAGGCGCUGGGGAAACCGGGCAGCACGGAGCGGGCGGGCGGAGCGGACGCGGCGCUCGCGGCCGGGAUCUUCCACCGGAAGGAGGUGUCCAUCGCAGAUGUGAAAAAGCAUCUGUCCGAGGUGGCCAAGAUUCCGGUCGAGCGGCGCAGCUCGGGCCGCGUUGACGACCAGCGAGCAGCGGAGACCCAGGCGGGUGCCGCGACGGCCGCGGCCGAAGCAGCGCUGGCGGCAGCGCAGGGGCACCUGGAGGCCACGCGGGAACUCUUGGAGGCGCUGGUCUUUGAGAGUUCCGCGAGCGGCGGGGGCAUGCCAGAGUCCGUGCUCGCGGCAAGGGCCGCCGCGCGCGCGGCCCUUGCAGCGGCCCUGCCGGGUCCUGCCGCCCUCAGGGUCGAUGUGCCAGUGGAGCCAGGCGCUGCCUGGCUACUCCUCCAGAAGGAGAGUUCUCAGGCCGUGCUCCGCGGGCUGCAGGCCUCGGACAGGGCGCCCGCGGCCAGGCUGGCCGCGGCCACGGCGGCUAACGCGGCGGACGCCGCCUGGGCCGCCAGCUGGGCGCCCGGCGACACGACGGGCGCGACGACGAUCGCCCCCGACAGCGACCACGACUGCGACCACCCGACCCUGACGACUCGGCUCGCGAAGAUCACGAAGCCCAAGGGCAGGGCGCCCGCCGGCAGCUCGCAGAAGGGCGACAUCGACUGGAGCGUGUUCGGCCUCGACCUCGAGCCCCCUCCUGGAGCGGGCCCCGCCCACGGCCCGGCGAACCCGGCCGCGCCAGCGCUGCCCGUGGGCCCCAGGCCAGGCGCGUACCCCCCAAACGGGCGGCACUCGCCGGGCGGGCUGGCCAGGGUGAAGCUGGACAGCCUGGACGGCAGGGCGGCGGCGGCCAAGGCGGCUUACCCUGCCGCGUUCGACGCGGCCGACCUGUCGCACCUCCGGUCGUCGAUGAGGCGCGCGCCCGGGUACACGGACCUCUCGGGAGAGGGGAAGGACCACCUACCCUCGGUAGACGAGCUUCUGCGGGCGCGCGGCGUUGACUACUCGCGCCCCCCCGUGCCCGGUGACGCGAACCUGCCGCUGGAGGUGUUCGAGGACUCCACGAUGUGCACGCGGACGCCUGAGGAGUGGCAGCGCUUCAUGCAGGAGACCGCGCGGACAACCCUGCCCUCAUCGGGCGCAUCCGAGGCCCUGAAGCUGGGCGAGGACGGGACUGGCCGCUGGCAGGGCGCCACGGUGCGCAGCUGGAACCCUGAGAGCAGGCGCUGGCUCCUGCGCUGGACGACGGGGACCGAAGACCAGGUGAUGAACUUGUACGUGCUCUUCAGCGGCGACGACCCCGUGCUGUUCGCGGACCGGCUUCAGAAGGCCAUCCAGAACCGCAAGUACGCCAACAGCCUCCUGAAGUACCACUUCUUCAUCGACAGCAUGCCGGAGGAGGGACCGCUCGCGGCGGAUUGGCCGCGAGUCCGUGGUGCGCAUCGCGAACAUGGCCCGCGUGGGCAUGUGGGACAACGACAGCGAGUUCGCAGACAAGACAUGGCGCUGGAGGGGCUCGUCGCUGACCAGAAGGACUACGCCCGCACCCAGAACCUCAUCACUUUUGAUAAGGUGUACAGCCAGGGGAACCUCAACACGCUCCCUAUCGACCUCACGCUGCCGCCCCCGCAGCCACCGGCUCCUGUGCCCUACUUGGCCGUGAAGAUGCUGCCGAGUUGGGACCCGAGCAUGGGCCCGCCGGACACCGCGAUGCCCAGGGGCUUCAAGCAGGCCUUUGAGUGGUUCUGCAAGGCUUCGCUCCUCAUCCGCUCGGAGGUCUGCGCCGCGCUGCUGGUGACCCGCAAGAUGUGCCUGGACCUGAAGUCCGAGCGCGCUUUCGAGACCAGCUUCACGUCGCCGAUGCGGCUGCAGGAGUUCUCGGAGCGCCAGGAGGCCGCCGUGAUGCGCCUGAAGGGGCGCCUGGGCAUGUGGGUCAACACCAUCCGCAUGCGCGUCACGCAGUGCCUGCAGAAGGCCACCGUGAAGUGGUUCCACCUCAACGAGACCUCGCUGGAGGCGUACCGUGCGAGCCGGCUGCGGCCGCUGCUCGUGUGCGCCAGGCUGAUGAUGUCCAACGCGUUCCUGCUGCUCGGGGAGGAGAGCUUGAAGAGCUACGUAGGCGCGAUCGAGGCGCUCGCGCCCGUCCGCCUGGAGAUGCCCGAGGGCAGCGGCGCCCUCACCGCCCUGCGCAACAUCGUCGCGGACCCGAAGGCGGAGGGGGGCGAGCGCGUGGUCGACCCCCUUUUCAAGCAGACGAUGUUCCGGCUGGAGCUGCAGGUGGUCGAGCCGGAGGCCGCGCCGGAGGAGGCGGCCGCGCAGCAGGAGCAGAAGAAGGGCGCCUCGAAGGAUCGGCCCAACACCAAGGACGGCAAGCGAGGCAAGGCCGGCGCGAAGGACCAGCCGGCCGCGGACGCGCCCCCGGAGAAGCCGCCGCUCCGCUUCGGCUUCACCACCAAGCCCGGGGAGUUCAAGAAGGCGGUCGUGGCCGCGUUCGAGAAGGGGGUGGCGGCCUUCCAGGACGUCCACAGCGUGGAGAGCGUGCUGCUCCCGCACCUGAUCCGGGAGGACCACCUGAACCCGAACUUCACUGGUGAGGACGCGUGGGUCGAGAGCCUCCGCAUGCGCGCCGAGGCCGCAUGUGACGUGCAUGAGCCAUGGCUUCAGGACGUUCUGAACCUCGUAGACAGCUUCCAGGACGUGGUGACGCUUGACCCAGGCGCAGCGGUCGAGAAGCUCAAGAAAGAUCCUGCACCACCCGACCAGGUUCGGCAGAUGAUCGAGGAGAAGCAGAAGCGCCAGCGCGAGCUCCUCGCGACCUUCCCCGAGGACAGGGACCCGACGCCCGUGGGCUUCUUCCGCCUGGACGUCAGCACCGUGAGGCAACAUCUGAACGACAAGUUGGAGCAGUCGGUGCAGAUGUUGCUGAAGUAUCUGGCCGACCAGCUCCAACGCGACAUCCACGAGGCCACUGUCGCCUUCUCGGACAUCUUCGCCAAGCUCAGGGAGGAGGUCAAUACGAUCGAGGAGUGCUCCGACAUGCGGGACUAUCUGAAGUCUGUCCCUGGGGAGCUGUCCAAGCUGCAGACAGCCAUCAACGAUGCUAUGGUCCUUACCGAUAUCGUGGAGGAUCUCGGGUACGUGCUGCCUACCGAGACUCUCAACAGCAGAUGGCAGAUGUUCGGCUCGCCUGGGGACGUCAAGGGCAAGGCAGCAAAGGUGGAGGAGUACCUCGACAGCCGGCACAAGGAGUUCCUCAGGAGGCAGGAGGAAGACCAGAAGGAGUUCGACCGCCGCCUGAACAGCCUCGAGCAGGUCGUAGAGAGCUUCGCGCAAUUCCAG